UAUCAACCUUUACAUUUCCCUCUUACCCCAGUUUGUAAAUCGUGGUUGGCUGCUGUCUUAUUUAUUAUUUCACUGCCAUCUGUGGCUCACGUAUGGGACUGGGUGGAUUUUCCCAUGUUUUUCAAUUUCUGUAUAAUGUGCUUGGCAAUUCGGCGCACACAGCCGUCAGAUGGAAGUGGAUGUGACAGCUACAGUUCGGGUUGGGAGAGGUAACCUCGUCAGGUCAAAUAAGAUGUCAGAACGCAAAGCCGUAAUUAAAAAUGCUGACAUGUCCGAGGAUAUGCAGCAGGAUGCUGUGGAUUGUGCAACACAGGCCCUGGAGAAAUACAACAUAGAGAAGGACAUUGCAGCAUAUAUAAAAAAGGAAUUUGACAAGAAGUACAAUCCAACAUGGCAUUGCAUUGUGGGACGUAAUUUUGGGAGCUACGUUACCCAUGAGACCAGGCACUUUAUCUACUUCUACCUGGGUCAGGUGGCUAUCCUCCUCUUCAAGAGCGGCUAGAUGGCGUGCUGUCCGUCCCAAAUACACAAAUCUCAUUGCCAUGCGAGGGGGGUGGGGGUUGGGAGGGGGGAGAAGAGCAAUCAUACUAUUCAAAUUUGAUCACUCUAAUCUGACUUUGCUGCCCACAUGUAGUUAAUGUCUUGAAAAAUCACAAUUUUUAAGAAGCCAAACCAAUUUCCAGAAGAGGAAAAGGCAUAAUGUUUGAUUUUGUUGCCCUAAUUUGAUUUGGACUAAAUUAUGUUAAACUUAUUUGCUCUGGCGCAAGGGAAGGACUCUUACCUUUGGGGAAUGUUACAGUAUUGAUAUUGUUUUGGUAUUCUUCAGUUGUAAAAGGUUAUAUCUACUUUGAGAUUUUGUUAGUUAGGGGAAUGAAUGAAUGAAUGCUCUGGACAGUGUACUUGAGGAAUCUACUCAUCAUUGCUGUUUAAACGAUUUGUGCAGCUUUGUUCCGAUAUUGUGUUCAUUAGGGAUGCUGUAGGCUGUAAAUUUAAGCAGCCAUUUAAUUUAUCAUUAUGUCAAAAAAAGUCACUUCUGUUCUGUUUUCAUUGCCCUAGUACAGUGAUAAAUGUAAAAUUGUUCAUGUGUGCAUAUAUUUGUGUGUGUGCGCGCGUGUCUGUGUGUGUGUAUGUGUGAGUGUAAAAUUCUGAAAAGGCCCAAUGUAAGUAUUAUUUUGUUUUCUGUAACUUACACAACCGCAACUUAUUUUAUGUGUUUUAUGUCCGUUCUUGUGUCAAAUAAAUUGCUGUUACAUUUCAUGUGAAUUCUGCUUCUGGAAAGUUCUGUAGACAAUGCUGAGUCUUGUCUCUUUGAUGAAGUAUUAAUUGUUGGUGAAAAAUAUGAAAUGCUGUGGAGCGGGAGACGGUUGAGGUUUUGAGUGACGAGGCUUCAGCAUUUGCUUAGCAGAUUCUGUUUCACCAUGAGAUGGUGGUUGUCUCAAAUUAAAACUUAAUGCUUGCCAAAAUGGGGCCCCGUGCAAAAAGUAUAUUUAAAGAGAGAAAAAGGAAAUAAAAAUUUUAUUUGCACAACACCUGACUAGACAUUUGAUAUCACAAGUUGUGCGCCCAGUAUCACUUUUCUAAACGUAAUGUUGUAUAACAAUGUUUUCCUGGUUGCUAUUUUGUCAUUGAUUUGGUGCUGUGUAGAGAAAUUAUUUACUCGUUUCAGAGGCGUUUAUUCAGUCUUGCUCAGAUGUAAAGAAACUUCUUCUGUAAUGUGUAUUAUAAUUAUUAUAUUAACAUAGAGACGACAGGCAUUAAACUGAUAUAUCACAAGUUUGAAA